GCGGCGGAUAAGAUGCUCACGCUGCCGCGUUUAGAAGACCAAUAAUCGUGUCUGAUUCUGACAAAGCGGUUUGAUUUCAUUCGGGGGAAAAAAAAGAGGCACCACUCCCGGUUUUUUUUCCGCCAAUCCAGGACGCAAAUGUCUCCACAUCACAGACACUCCAGUGGAUUGUAGCAGCAGCCUCGCCGAUGGUUUGAGAGGGCGUUAAGGUGCGGGAAGGGAGUGGGACAAUUACAGGAUGAGUGAGCGAUACACCCAGAUCGGAAGUAAAGGGGCUCUACUAGUAAUGGUGCUUGUGAUCAGUGUCUGGGAGAUGACCGUACCAACAGAAGGGGCUACAGCAGCGCAUCAUGUCCGAACAGGCACCUGCGAGGUGGUGGCGUUGCAUCGCUGCUGCAACAAGAACAAAAUCGAGGAGCGGUCGCAAACUGUGAAGUGCUCCUGCUUUCCUGGGCAAGUGGCCGGCACCACCAGAGCCGCCCCGUCAUGUGUAGAUGCCUCCAUAGUGGAGCAGAAGUGGUGGUGUCAGAUGCAUCCGUGCCUUGACGGGGAGGAAUGCAAAGUUCUUCCUGAUCUGAAGGGCUGGAGCUGUGCGACAGGGAACAAGAUCAAAACUACGAAGAUUUCCGCGGACAGAGAGCAGCUUUGGUAACGUCAGAGGCUUCACAGCAGAGUCCAGGUGAACCAACGGUUCUGGUUUUUAUUGGAUCAUCAAAAAAGAAGUAAUGCAAAGGACCUUUUCUGUAAAUAGACUCUUUCCUCUGGACUGCAAUUAAUCUUUGGAAAACUCUGAAUGCUUCUUCUUGAACUGGAUAAACAUCAAGCCCUGAUCAUUCAGCACUUCUUUUUGAAGGACUCCAUAUGAUUAGCCUUACUGGACGACAGGAUUUAUUCUGUGACAUUGUCCUGCUUGUAGUGGAAACCAACAGUGAACCUUGUCUAUGUGUUCAUUUCUAGACUAAAUGUCCUUUACAGGGGGAUUUGCAUCACAGGUUGACCAGGGUGAACAGCAGGUCAGUUUGUUGUAAGCAUCGCAAAUAUUCAAUACAAAACGUGAUUUUCUUUAAUCAGUCAAUUGUGGAAUUUUUCUC